UUCGCUUUCGCAUCGUUUCCGGUUUGUGCCAGCAUGGCUGCCUGCGUGGCAAGGGGAGAACAGACGUGGUCAAUAAUAAACAAUGCUUGUUUGGACGAUAUUCUCUAUAAAUACUUUCCUCUCUUCUUCUCUGCUAAUUAGCUGUGCAGAAGUCGAAGUCAUGGGCGAGUUUCAAGGAAUUUAUUUGCGCACCCCUUUGGCCCGAGCAGUUUACAAUCGGUUGAGAGAAGACAACAUUCAUCGAAAUAGCAAACACGAAUAUUGGUACAAUAUAGAUUCCAAAAAACUACCAGAGGAUCUCUGUCAGCGUUUUGUGCAGUUUCAGCAAGAUGAGGAAACAACACAGUUUCUUCGUCACUGUGAGGAGAAAGCAGACUCGAUCUUCACACAGAUUUUCCAGUCAAUUGCUCGUUCAGUGCUCAGCUGGUUUAUGAGCAAAACUUCCGUCAAUGGGUGGAUUGGGUGUGGUUCAAUGUUUGUCAUUUCUCGUCAACAGUUUGAAAGUCUGCUUGGUUUAUCACCAGUGAGGAAAGCAGAAAAUCUUUUAGACAUAGGUGCUGGUGAUGGAGAAGUGACUAAGGUGUUGGUGCCAUACUUCAGUAACAUCUAUGUUACAGAAAUGUCUCCACCAAUGGUUGCUGUUUUGAGUAGCAAGGGAUACCAUGUUUUAGACGUGUCUGGCUGGUCAGAUGGAAACAUCACAUAUGAUGUGAUUAGUUGUCUUAAUGUACUAGACCGAUGUGACAAACCAGUCAGCAUGCUGCAGUCCAUCCGCAAGGCCUUGCGACAAGGCUCUGGGCGAGCCGUGGUGGCUGUCGUCAUUCCUUUCAAACCUUAUGUAGAGUUCAAUUCUGUAGAUCACAUUCCUACAGAACAUCUUCAGAUUGCUGGAGGAUCAUUUGAAGAGCAAGUUACUUCUCUUGUGCAGUCUGUAUUCCAACCUGCUGGUUUUGAAGUAGAAGCCUUCACUCGUUUGCCUUAUCUUUGCGAAGGAGACUUAAAUCACUCUUUUUAUGUUUUACAUGAUGCUGUCUUUGUGUUGAGGUCAAGUGAUGGAAGCAAAAACUGAGCAAGACAGGUAGACGGACUUCUUGUGAGAAUGGAAAAUGUGUUAAAAUGUGUUAAAAAUGAGGGAAAUGUACAUGUGUACAUAAAAAACACAGAGGGUGAUGUGUUACAUGCUCAUAUUUAUGGAGACACUUAUUAUGAAUUCACAUCAGAGUUUGAUCCUGAGAGAUAGAAUUUCCGGUAAUACAUUCAAUCACUUUUUCACAUGCAAUUAAACUGUCAAAGAGUCCAUAGUAAUUACGCCUUUAGCUGACUUGGAACAAAGAAUUGUUUUUUGUUUUUUUUUUAACUUCAUACUUCUAAAAAAUGAAACAGCAUAUUUUAAGUUAGUUAAUUUAAAGGAUUUGUCUUAUUAGGCCUUAUAGUCAUCAUUUCCAUGGAUUUUUGUGUGAGUGGAUUGUAUAUAUCAUUAUGCAUUUAAAAAAUCUCAGAAAAAAUUCCCUACAAAUGAGAAAAUGGCAGUUAAUGUCUACUGUACUUUAAAAAUAAAUAUAUUGAAACAAAACUUGAUACAUUGAA